AUGGCAGCCACAACCCGUCCAAUCGUCUUUAUGGACAUUAACAUUGGAGAAACACCAGCUGGCAGGAUAAAAAUGGAACUCUUCUCAGACAUUGUCCCAAACUAUGUACAGGAGAAUACAGGGUCAACGGUCGUCCUCAGGGAUACAAAAACUGCACAUUCCACCGAGUGUGAGUCUUGGAUUCGGAUAGCAAGGCGUUUCGUGACUCAACCAGGCCACAGCGUUCCAAAUUUCAUGUGCCAGGGUAUGGAAUUCAUUGCCGCCGAGACCAUUCCUCAAUGCUAUCUAGGUGGUGACUUUCUCAACGGCGACGGAACGGGAUCGUUCUCCAUCUAUGGCGAAAAGUUUGAUGACGAAAACUUUAAAGUCAAGCACAGUGAACCGGGUCUGCUGUCCAUGGCAAACUCGGGCCCGAACACCAACGGAUGUCAGUUCUUUAUCACAACGGCUCCAGCAGACUUUCUGGAUGGCAAACACACCGUCUUUGGACGUGUCAUUGACGGCAUGCUGACCGUUCGCAAGAUUGAACACGUUCCAACAGGACCAAAUAACCGACCGAAGCUUGCAGUAAAGAUUACUGGUCAGCUUCUUUCUUAA